UUUGCUUGCUUGAUACCUAAUUAUUUCCCCUUUUCCCUUAUUGUGUUUAUUUAUCUAUUUAUUUAUCUUCCCUUUUGUCUGUAGAUAAUUGGUUGGCAUUUGUUAUUCUUAUGUAUCAUAGAACAACUGUUAAUACCACCACAACCACACCACCACCAAUUAUCAAUCACUACCACUUCCCCUACAAUUAUCAUCAUCAUCAUCUUCUUCUUCUUCUUCUUCUUCUUCUUCUUCUUCUUCUUCUUCUCCAACCCGCUGAUAAAACCCUAAAACACACAUUUCAUCCAUCCACGUGGAAAGUGGCGAUAACACAAUGACAAUCCCUGUUAAAAGUGGAUAACUAUCUACUACCCACAACCAGUCCGAAUCAAAUCGGUCCGA